UGUAAAUGUACAAAAGGUGCAAUGUAGGAGCUGUACAGUGGACUAUGAGAAGUCUAAUCUUAUCUGAACUCUAAUCUGCAGGAAGUGAAGCCUAACGGGCUCAGUCCUCUUGAAGCCGAUUGGUCGACCAGCACAGAUUUGAUAUCUGUAACAGAUUUCUUCAGACUUCAGGUGAAGCGUCUGACGCAGAGCCUCUUCUUCAUGUUUCAUACCCUCCCUCUCUGAUCACAGCCCUGCAGAGAGCUUUAACACUUCUAAUGGACUUGUUUUUAUCUCUUGAUGAGAUUCCUCUGGCGUUCUGAUCCUGGAGUCUUCAUCACAGUCUGGUAACAGGACUUCAUCUGUCCCAGCCUGCUCGUCUGAAUCUGUCUCUUCCUGCCUCGGGGGGCGGGGGGGGGGGGCCUCUCAGCUCGUCCCGUCACUGCCAUGGUGAUGUCACAGGGCACCUACACCUUCCUGGCCUGUUUCGCCGGCUUCUGGUUGGUCUGGGCCGUGGUGGUCAUGCUCUGCUGUUUCUGCAGCUUCCUGCAGCGCCGGCUGAAGCGGCGUCAGGAGGAGCGUCUGAGGGAGCAGUGUCUGAGGAGCGUGGAGAUGGAGCCGCUCAGCUGUCACCCUGCAGGAUACCCGUCUGUCCCUCCUCCUCCUGCUCCUCCUCCUCCUCCUCCCACACAGCUGCCCAGGGAGCCCCCACAGUUCUGCCCCCCUCAGACUCUGUCUCCCCCCGUUCCUCUGCAGGUUCCUCAUCCCAUGCCGCAGGCUAACUGGGUCACCAUGCCAGACACAGAUGUAUUUGGAAGGCCGCCCUGCUACGAGGAGGCGGUCCUGAUGGAAGACCCCCCCCCACCGUACAGUGAGGUCUUGGCCGAUCCACGAGGGGGCACCUACGUAAAGCCAGCCCCGCUCCGAGCUGCUCCGGCUCCGCCUCCUCCCAGAGACCACCUGGAUCCUGCUCCAGUCUUCACCUCCGAGAUCAGCAAGCCUCCAGUGAUGGCCGUGUUCCCCGAGCGAGGUUACUCCUCCCUGAUCCGCCUCCCGUCAUCGCAGCGCUGGGACUCCCUGGGUCACCUCCUCUCCAACAUGGACCUGAACCACCACAACCUGACCCCGCCUGGCGCUCGCUCCGUUCAGGCUGCAGCCGCCAUGGCGACCAUGCCUCGCCGAGUGCCCAGGACUCACCACCAAGGUGAACUACGAGGUGGACUACAAGGACUACCAGGAAGUAUACAGGGGAUUCCAGGAAGGAUUCAAGGACUCCAAGGGGGGAUACAGGGUUUCCAAGGAGGGUUACAGGGGCUUCAGGGGGUCCAUAGACUGAGGGGACUGGAGCCCAGCUGUGGCCUGCCCACAGCCUAUCCUCUGCUGGGCCGAAGCACUGCAGUCUGAACCAGACCCCCUUUAAGAUGGUCCACAGGAGGUCUCUAACAGGAUCUCUGUCUGCUGAACACUGAAGAGGUUUAAAGAGAUAAACAACAGUGACAGAGCUGCAAAGGCUCCAGGAGCUCAGCUCCCCGUGCAGCUCUGUGGGCGAGGAGCGCCUCUUUUAACUGUGGAGGUCAAAGAGCAGAGACUCAGAUUCAGACUCAGACCGGUCUCAGAGUCAUGUGGAGGAUAAACCCGGUCGCAGUGUUUUCUGGAAACGCAGAAGAAGAAAGGACGAGCAACAAGCAGCUGUUUCUCUCCUUUCACCCGGACUUUGGUCUUUAUUUUCAUCUUUCCAUGACGACGCCCUCAGUCUAUCCUCUUCACCCCCCCUCCCCCUUUCCUCUCUGAGCAGCCUUUUGUACCAGUCUGCCGUUGCCAUGGCUCCCGGGAACUGUCAGUUCUCCUCGACGACCUCUCCUCCUGUAGCUGCUCGGAUUAUUUUGAGGACUGUGUUCACAGCUCGUCUUCUCUCGAGGAGCGUGAGCGUGGUCGCACAUGGUGACCUUCAGUGUCAUCGCGGUGACCUUCAGUGUCAUCGCGGUGACCUUCAGUGUCAUCGCGGUGACCUUCAGUGUCAUCGUGUUCAUCGUCUCUUCAGAGGAUGGUAAUCUAAGAAACAAGAGUCGAGCCUGAUGAGCAACAAAGGGAACCAAAUGAACGAGUACUGACUUUUAUAACACGCUGUUUGUUGUUAUAAAAUCUUUAUUUAAAACUGUAUCAGCUCGCCCCCUAGUGGUCAGUCUGAAAGUUAUUUUUUUCAUGUUUACGUUUAUUAUCAAACCUUCAGCUUUGUGAGAAAUCUUUUCUUUUGUGAAAUAAAAACUUCUUCCUAUUUGCUGAGAACUUGCCCGUCGUGAGCAGCAAAUAGACGUUUCAUUUUGGGUCCUUCUUCACGGGCGUCGAGCACAAAUCUCAGUCAAAGCCAUUUAUUAACUCAGCGCCUUCAGAAGUCAGAGCAACGACUUCCCCUCAACAACGUCUUCACAUCUUUGUUUCCUCUUGGAGGGUCGUCUGUGUUCUUCUUUUUUGGUUCUUUUUGUCUGCUUUGCUUUUUACCCACUUUGUGCCGAUUAAUCUGAGGUAGAGAGGUCACAGAGAGGUCACAGAGAGGUCAGAGAUAUAACUUUAGCCACGCCUCCAUCACACCAAUGAGCCAGUUACAGAUUCACAUGAAGUUUGUCAAGAUGUACGAUGUGAACUCAGAUUUAAACGUUCUGAAAGCUAGCCGUCUUUCUGUGCAGACCUCUCUCUCUCUCUCUCUGGGAGGACUGAAGGUUUCACUUCCACUCGCUGCACAAUCACAAGUCUGAAAGACGAAAGGGACGGAAACAAAAACUCCUGAUUAGUAAAGAAAACAAAGAACACAUAUUAAAUCUCUACUGAACACGCGAGAUGAAGAAACUCUUCAUCAGGGCGGACAUGUUUGUUUUAUGAUUGUAUUACUUCUGAAUGUGUUUGUGUGAAGAAGAUGACAAUCAUCAGAGACUUUAAACAUUUUAAACAUGAGAACUCUGUUUUCUAAUUUCUCUGUUGUUAUUAAAAUGAAUCCAUGAGAGAGGAUCAAUACAGUU